AUGUCACCCAAUAACCGACAAAAUGCACAGUUACAUGGCUUGGUUGGGAAGCCAUUACUGUAUUUUACGAGUGUUUUCGUAUCCUUGGGCGUUUUCCUUUUUGGCUAUGACCAAGGUGUUAUGUCUGGGAUCAUAACAGGCUGGUAUUUCAAGGAUUACUUCAAUCAACCCUCGCGAGCUGCAAUAGGUACGGUGGUUGCAAUCCUUGAAGUAGGGGCUUUCAUAUCCUCUCUACUUGUCGGUCGAAUCGGCGACUUGAUAGGACGUCGCAAAACGAUCCUGUAUGGCUCUAUAGUAUUUUUCAUCGGCGGUGCAUUACAGGCCUUUGCUACCGGUUUGCCUAUGAUGAUGGCCGGUCGUAUCGUUGCAGGUUUGGGCGUUGGGGCCUUAUCGACGAUUGUACCAGUCUACCAGUCUGAAAUAUCGGUAUUUGCAACCACCCUCGUUGCAUAUUGCUUCGGAUGGAACAUCUCCGGAUAUGCAGCCAGCGUCUGGGUGGAUUAUUUCUGUAGCUUUAUAGAAAGUAAUUACUCAUGGCGCCUACCAUUGUUGUUCCAGUGCGUCAUGGGUGCUCUGCUUGGUGUGGGUAGCCUCCUUAUUUGCGAGUCGCCAAGGUGGCUGUUGGAUAAUGACCACGAUGAAGAGGGUAUGGUUGUCAUUGCAAAUCUAUAUGGAAGUGGAGACUUGCACAGUGACAAAGCCAGACAAGAGUAUAGAGAGAUCAAGAUGAACGUUCUCCUGCAAAGGCAAGAAGGCGAAAGAUCUUACACAGAUAUGUUCAGACGUUACUACAAAAGGGUCUUGAUAGCGAUGUCGGCACAGGCCUUAGCUCAGCUUAACGGUAUCAACGUCAUCUCUUAUUACGCUCCGCUUGUAUUCGAAUCAGCAGGUUGGGCUGGCCGUGACGCUAUAUUGAUGACUGGGAUCAACGCAAUCUCGUAUCUGGCCUCUACUGUACCUCCUUGGUAUCUGGUGGAUCGCUGGGGAAGGCGCCCCAUCCUUCUUUCUGGAGCGGUGGCAAUGAUUAUUUCUCUUUCCCUGAUUUCCUAUUUCAUAUAUAUCGACGUCGUGGCGACACCUACACUGACUGUCAUCUUUGUCAUGAUCUACAAUGCUGCGUUUGGUGCGUCAUGGGGACCCAUACCAUGGCUCUACCCCCCCGAAAUCCUGCCAUUGAGCAUUCGUGCGAAGGGCGCAAGUCUCAGUACAGCCACUAAUUGGGCUUUUAACUGGCUUGUCGGAGAGGUCACGCCUGUCUUACAAGCCGCUAUCAAGUGGCGCUUGUACCUGGUGCAUGCGUUUUUCUGUGCCUGCAGCUUUGUCCUAGUCUUCUUCUUAUAUCCGGAAACGAGUGGUGUCCGCUUGGAAGACAUGAACUUGCUGUUUGGGGAUGCGACUACUGCCAUGCCAACACCAGCAACUCAGGGAGAACGAGGCUCCCUUAUGAGUGCUGGCUCUCCUGUACCUUCACUUGACAUCAGACGCCAGUAUGGCCGUCUGGGGGCAGACAGUGCCAUUCCUGGCUUGGAAAUUGACCCACCGAAUAUAAGUUCUAGUACCGGUAGCAAGCCUGGCAGGACAGGCUUCCGGGAAGACAGUAGUAGUCGACCAGAGGGGUUUGGAGGCUGGAUUUCGAAUAUGAUCACCCGACACAAAGGAUCGGAAUCAACAGGGCAGGGCGGACAGUAUAGACGUCUCGGGCAAGGGGAGAAUGAGUAG